CCAACGUGGCAGAAGUUAGCUGAGAGUAGCUUAGCUAAAACCCAGUGCUAUUUCAUCGCUCUAUAUUUUCUCACACAAUUCCUAGUAGUUAUCGCCUCCACCACUUCCCCAUCUCCACCACCACCGCCACCACAACCGCCGUGACAAUCACAAUGCAAGCCCUACAAUCCGCUUCUCUCCGCCCAUCCCCACUAACCCCCCUCCAAAAAACCACCAACAAUGCAGCUAAACGCCCAAUCAGAAAGGUCUCCUUCAUCACUGCCUCAACAACGACGAACACGCCAAUUUCAGCUCCGAAGCGAGAAAAGGACCCGAAAAAACGAGUGGUAAUCACCGGAAUGGGAUUGGUAUCUGUGUUUGGGAACGAUGUGGAUGUUUACUACGAUAAAUUACUGGCCGGAGAGAGUGGGAUUGGGCUGAUUGAUAGAUUUGAUGCGUCGAAGUUUCCGACGCGAUUCGGGGGGCAGAUCAGAGGGUUUAGUUCUGAGGGUUAUAUUGAUGGGAAAAACGAUAGGAGGCUGGAUGAUUGUUUAAGGUAUUGCAUUGUUGCUGGUAAAAAAGCUCUUGAAUCUGCUGAUCUUGGUGGUGAGAAGUUGUCUAAGAUUGAUAAACAGCGGGCUGGUGUACUAGUCGGAACAGGGAUGGGUGGUCUUACAGUCUUUUCAGAUGGUGUUCAGGCUCUAAUUGAGAAAGGACAUAGGAAAAUUACUCCAUUUUUUAUUCCUUAUGCUAUAACUAACAUGGGGUCUGCCUUGCUAGCUAUUGACCUUGGCCUCAUGGGUCCAAAUUAUUCAAUUUCGACAGCUUGUGCUACUUCUAAUUAUUGCUUCUAUGCUGCUGCCAAUCACAUUCGUCGAGGUGAGGCUGAAAUGAUGAUUGCUGGUGGAACUGAAGCUGCCAUCAUUCCGAUCGGUUUGGGAGGUUUUGUAGCAUGUAGAGCCUUAUCACAGAGGAAUGAUGAUCCUCAAACUGCUUCAAGGCCGUGGGACAAAGCUCGAGAUGGCUUUGUUAUGGGUGAAGGUGCAGGAGUCUUGGUGAUGGAGAGUUUAGAACAUGCAAUGAAAAGGGGUGCACCAAUUAUUGCUGAGUAUUUGGGAGGUGCUGUUAACUGUGAUGCUCAUCACAUGACUGAUCCGAGAGCUGAUGGACUUGGGGUAUCUACAUGCAUUGAGAGAAGUCUUGAAGAUGCUGGUGUGUCACCUGAGGAGGUUAACUACAUUAAUGCACACGCAACUUCGACACUUGCUGGUGACCUAGCUGAGAUAAAUGCUAUUAAAAAAGUAUUCAAGAAUACUUCUGGGAUCAAAAUAAAUGCAACCAAGUCAAUGAUCGGACAUUGCCUUGGUGCUGCUGGAGGUCUGGAAGCAAUUGCCUGUGUCAAAGCGAUAAACACAGGAUGGUUGCAUCCUUCCAUUAACCAAUUUAAUCCUGAGCCAGCAGUUGAUUUUGACACUGUCGCAAAUAAAAAGCAACAGCAUGAAGUGAGUGUUGCUAUCUCAAAUUCCUUUGGAUUUGGUGGACACAACUCGGUGGUGGCCUUUUCUGCGUUUAAGCCCUGAGCAUCUAAUGGCUUGUCGAGUUUAUUCUAUCAGCAUUCAGGCUACGGAUGCAAUUUUUAUGGUCUGAAUUUCUCGACAGUUGCUUAUAGACGAGUCAUAGAGGCUGCUUCAUCUUUGUUACUUGAGCUGCGGGUAGUCAUUUCGAUUUGUAGUUGUCAUUUGACAAUAAUUUCGAUAUGAACUCUAAGUUAAAAAAGGUUCUUUUGUUAUUUUAUUUUAGUUGCAUCUUAAUUGUCACUUUUUUCGGAAAUUUAGUUGUAUGGUCACCUUAUUUCUUCAGGUUAAAUUUAAUUUAUGUAGUGGAUGCAAGCAAUUAUGAAGCAUUUUUGGAAUUGUGUA